CAGUUUACUCGUGGCGACCGGUCUGCUGAUAACUUUCCCAAUUGAUGAUGCGGACGCUGGCUGCGGUGCUUCUCCUCGGCGCUCUCGCCCACAGUCAAGAGUGCGGGAGAUCUCGACCGAAAACCCCGCCCACGCGAAUCGUCGGAGGCAGAGACGCUGUCCCGCGCGAAUUCCCCUGGCAACUUUCGCUUCAAAUAAGGGGUCGGAACAAUCGCUGGCACCAUGUCUGCGGGGCUUCUGUUUUGUCAGCGACACGAGCCCUCACGGCAGCUCACUGUUACAUGGCGAGCGCGAAGUACCGUGUGGUAGGCGGUCUCCACAGUCAGAGAGAAACAGAGAACGAAGACGUUCAAAUGUCUGAGGUAUCGGAAUUCAAGGUCCACGAGAAAUAUAACUCGCCCGAUGCUCUCAUGAAUGAUAUAGCUGUCCUUUCGCUCGCAACUCCCUUCAACAUCACGGAGGCCGUGGAACCGGUGUGCCUUCCGUCAAAGGACAUGAGAAUGGCAGCUGACUCGAUGAUAACAGUCUCGGGCUGGGGCACCACCAAAGAAGGCGGGACUCCGGCCCAAAGCUUGCUGGCCGUGGACGUCCCUGUUGUCACAGAUGCUCAAUGCAAUGAGAUGUACUCGAAGCCGGCAUUCGGUAUCGCCAGUUUCCUGCCGUUCGAUUUCGGCUUGGGCGGGAAGAGUAAUAUCAAGGAGAGCAUGCUCUGCGCAGGAUUCAAAGAAGGAGACAAAGAUUCCUGUCAAGGAGACUCCGGUGGCCCGGCCGUCAGCAAACAAGAAAGCGGGAAUUUCGAGCAAGUAGGAGUGGUUUCUUGGGGCAAGGGCUGCGCAAGGAAAAAUACUCCCGGAGUGUACACUGAAGUUCCGUAUUUCAUCGAUUGGAUCAACGAACGCAUGCAAUGA